AUGACCCUGUCCCCGGCACGCAGUUCCGGAGCGGGGGCGAGCUGGCGCCCGGGAGAGGCCCAGAAAAAUGAGCCGCCACGCUACGGCGAGGGGAUGGGGCCCGCGCCUCGCCGCCGCCCCCAUCUGCGUCCGCUGGCUGGUCCUCGCGAGCCUGCCUGGGCCACGCACCUCCUUCUGCCCCGCAGUGCGCGACUGGGUCUCACGGUCGCACCCACCUCUUCUUCCUGCAGCGGCUGGUCCCGAGGGAAUGGGAUCAUUUUGCUUCAGAGUUCCUUCGGUAUAUUUUGGGAAAUUAUGGAUCGUCACAUUCCCAUGCAUGCGUUACCUGAAGAAAUCCAAAAGAUGCCCCCUGAAGAAAAAGUUUGUAAGUACUGUGGAGUCAGCUAUCUAAUUCUCCAUGAGUUUAAAGCUAUGGAAGAAAAAGUGAAAGCAAUGGAAAAAGAGAUGAAAUUUUAUCAAGGAAGUAUAGAACGUGAAAAGAGACUUCAAGAAAAGCUACAUUCUCUUAGCCAAGAAUUUGAACAGUUCAAAAUUGACAAUGACUCCAAAACAGAAAGAAUCCAAGCUGAAAGCAUGCAGUUAAAAAGUCAGCAAAAUGAAUUUCAGAGAGUACAGAAGGAACUGAGUCAUUUGCAACAUGAGUUAAAAAUUAAACAGAGACAAUCACAAGUCUUCAGUGAAAGAUUGAUGGAGUACAAAUAUUUCUGGAAUAAGACUCUUUCAUUACUUACUUUUACUAAAAGGGAGAUAACCAGUAUUAAAAAUGAAGUGUAUGAUCAUUUUCAAAACUGGACUUCACUGAAAGAAGAGGUUUUUCUUCAGAUUAAAUCCAUAAGUGAAACAGCCUUGACAGAAAUAGAGAUACUAAAUAAAAGUUUGGCAGUGUCCCAGAGAAAUAAGGUAUGCCUUGAAGAGGAAAUGAAAAAUCUGAAGUUGUUGUUAGAUGCAGCCAUACUGAGGUCUCAGCAGAUUCAAACAUCUAAACAACAGGAAGUCAGCUUGCAAACCAGAUGUCAUGACUUGCAAAAAGAAGUACUAGAUUUACAAUCUCAAGUAGAGGCACUUGGACUAAAACUUCAGAAGGCAGUGGCCCAGCUGGACAGCUGUAAAGAAAAGCUCAUGAAUAAGUCUAAUGAAGCUGAUGACUGUCAAAGAGAACUUAGAAAACUGAAGUUUGAAUCUGUUAUUUUUGAAUCAAGGUACACAUUAUUGCUUAAAGAGAAAGAAGACUCCUUAGUGGCUUGUCAACAAAUAUAUAAAACUUUACAGGAAGAACUGACUGCAAAAGAAAGACAAGAAGAAGACAUAAAAAGAAGACUUAACCUUGCAGAAAAUGAACUAGAGAUAACUAAAACUCUUCUGAAUCAGACAAAGGAAGAGGUUGUAACACUGAAAAGUGAAAGGGAACUGAUGCUGAUUUCACAUCAGAAAAGCAUUGAGCAGCUGCAGGAAACCCUCAGACAGAAGCUGCUGGAUGAUGAUAACUGGAAGGAAAAGAUUGAAGCAGAACUCUCCAAAGAAAGAGCCCAACAUUUACUUGAAUUUGAGGAGCAAGCUCUUCUCUUUAAAGAAGAAGCUAAGCUCGAACUUGAUAUUGAAAAAGAAAAACACCAAGAAAUAAUCCAAAAGUAUAAGAAGGAACAAGAGGAGCUACAAAUGAAGAUAUCUGACUUAAUCGCAGGUGCUACUAGAGAUUUAAAGCUGGAAGUAGCCACUCUUGAAAAAAAACUGCAUGAAUCCCAUGUCCAAUAUACUGAAGAAUCUGAGUCAAAGGAGAAGGAAAUUGAAAAUCUUAAACAUUUGGUUGCAGAAUUUGAAUCUCGCUUGAAGAAGGAAAUUGACAAUAGUGAUUGUGUUUCAGAGGACUUGAGGAAGGAAAUGAAACAGAAGUCAGAUGAACUGGAAAGAAUAAUGCUGGCACAAACACAACUGAUGCAGCAGUUUAAGCAGUCCCAGGAAGAGAACACUUUUCUUCAGGAAACAGUACGCAGAGAGUGUGAAGAGCGUUUUGAACUGACAGAGGCUCUGAGUCAAGCCAGAGAACAGCUCCUGGAGCUCAGGAAGCUCAGUGGAAGUUUACCGUUGUCCCCGUGUUUCCUCAGCCAGGGCAGCCUAACCACCUCUGCUGCAGCAGUCAGUAAUCAGGGAGAGAGAAGCAGUGCGAGACUGAACUCUGAAAAAGGAAUCAAAAUCCCCAGCCUGCACGGAGCGUUGAAACACACCCCUUCUCCACCCUCAGCUCAGCCCAAGAGGGCCAACAGCUCAGGUUUGCCCACUGUCCUCCAGCCACAUCCUCCCAGGGGUCGGGCAUCUUCAGUAAAUGAGACCAGACAAAGACUGGCUGCACUUCUGCGGAGGAGACUGAAUCAUCAAUGA